AUGUAGUAAAGUCAUUGGUUUUAGAGAGAAAUUUAGCUUAAAUAAAAAGGAAGAGGUUGUCAUCUAAUUACAGAUGAAAUUAAAAAUCAAAUAAAAGAGAUUUAAAACUUCAAAAUCGGUAAUGCAACAUUAUUUUUAAAACAUACAAGUGCUUCUAUUAGCUUGAAUGAAAAUUUUGAUCCUGAUGUAAGAUUAGACAUGGAAGAUACUUUGAAUAGAAUCGUCCCAGAAGGUAACAAAUUAUACAGACAUUCUUCUGAAGGAAAAGAUGAUAUGCCUGCUCAUGUAAAAUCUUAACUAAUAGGUGUUUCUUUAACUAUUCCAAUUACUGAUGGAGACUUUAACUUAGGAACAUGGUAAGGAAUAUAUUUAAAUGAGCAUAGAGAUGGAAAACACUCUAGAACAUUAGUAGUAACUAUAAAUGGUUAGCCAAAAUGA